AUGGAAGAGCAGAGCUCAACUCUAGCUUUAGAUGAUGGACUUGACUUAAGACAGUUAGUCACAUCCAGUUCAAUAUUAAAUAUCAAUAUAGAUUACAAUGAGUUUGAUAAUGAGCUACCUACACAAGAGAAUAUUAAGAACGAUCAAUUUGAUACAUUUGGGAAACCUCUGCAAUCAUUUGCAGAGUUGGAACAAGAAUUACUACCUCUAGACAAGAAUGGUUAUGUCAAGAAAAAAAUUAUAGAAGACGGUGGAGGCCUGCCUUUAGAUGAUGGAUGUACUGUAUCUAUAAUAUAUUCUGGAUACUGGGAGAAUGAGAUGGAGCCAUUUGAUAGCUGGGCUUCUAAUAAACCUCUGAUUAUAAAUUUGAAAGAUAAUGGUUUACUCCCUGGGUUAUUGAUGGCUGUGAAAUCAAUGCUAGUCGGCGAAACUGCAGUAUUUCUCCUUUCUCAUGAAGUUGCUUAUGGUGAACUAGGUGUACCACCAAGAAUAAAACCAAGAGCCAAAUGCGUCUUCUAUGUGAAACUGAUUAAAAGUAUCUUAACACCUGCUGAAGGGCCACUAGAUUAUUCCGAGCCCAAUUCUUUCAAGAGGGUCCACAAUGAAGUCAGAACGAUGUAUGGGUCAGGAGUGACAUUCUAUAAAUUAAACAAUUACAAUGCUGCAAUUCAAAUUUUUCGGAAAGGUGUUAAUAUGCUCCAUAAGUGCCGGCUAGCAAAUGAAGAAGAGGAACUCGCUCAGCAAAAAUUACUCAUCAAAUUGUAUACUAACUUAGCUAUAUGUUACAAUGGCACAAAACAACCAUUAAAAGCUUGUACUUCUUGCAAUGAAUUACAUAGACUUGGUAAUUUAUGGAAUAGCAGCAAAGUGUUAUAUCAAAACGCCAAAGCAUUAAGAAUGAUUGGGCAAUUUGAGGAGGCACGGAAGAAACUGAAUAGGGCAAUAAAGUUAAGUCCGGAUAAUAAAGAGAUUAAAGUUGAGUUAGAAUUAUUAGACGAGACAAGUAAAACUUACAGUAUGAAACACCUAAUACCAACACAAGUUAAUAUAAUAGAUGACAAUUUCAAGAAUGAAGUGGACAAUCUGAUCAAGAAUUUCAAGAGAAAUCUGAAUAUAUGUAAAUUGACUUUGCCAUCGGGAAUGAACCAAAAGGAAAUUGACUAUAUUAAAGGGACUUGUAUUAGGGAGAACUUGUUUUUCAAUAAAAUCCAAGACAACUAUUUACUAGAUAAAGAUGAGAGAGGAGUAUAUGAGGAAAAAGACUGUAUAAAAUUCAUGUAA